GCUGCUGUGAUUGGCUGUCGUCGAUCACGUGUUUAUUCUGAAGAUGGCGUCUCCAAAUGGAGGUGACGAUUUUGAGAGCUCUUUGCUGAGUUUGGAGAAGUUGGACAGAGCUUCACCAGACCUGUGGCCCGAGCAGUUGCCCGGAGUUGCAGAAUUUGCUGCAUCUUGUAAAAAUCCCAUCACUAAUUCUCCCCCCAAAUGGAUGGCUGAGCUAGAGAGCGAGGACAUUGAGAUGUUGAAAGAGCUGGGAAGUCUGACCACAGCUAACCUGAUGGAGAAGGUCAAAGGACUUCAGAACCUCGCUUACCAGCUCGGCUUAGAGGAGUCCAGAGAAAUGACCAGGGGGAAGUUUCUGAACAUCUUGGAGAGGCCCAAGAAGUGACGUGAUUUUUUUAUUUGUUUGUUUUUUGCAAGCAACAAGCAAUGUGGGACUGCGAGCUGAAUCAGAUCUAUGAGUUUACCAGUGUGCUCUGAACAUGUUCAGACCUUCACAACAAAAUUCAAAGACUUUGCACUCAAACCAUAAAUAGGAGCAGAAAGCUCUCACGUGAGGUCUUGUGUGCACCUGUUGCACCUGUCAUUGUCAAUAAAUGCCUUCACAUUUACAGAAACUUUAAAAUGAUUUAUUACUUCUCACUGAAUUUCUCUGUCGCUUGUAGAGCUGCCCUGAUUAAAUGUACCCUAUUUAUUCUUAUUUCUAUUUUCAACAUGAUUUACAUUUUUUUGCAAUUUGUGAAGUUGUAUAAUAAAGUUUUAAAAUGAAAA